AUGCUCCAGAUUCUAAUGCAAACAUUUUCAGUAGACGACGAUGCACUGUCAUCUUGCUCGUUGGAAUCGUUGCCAUCAGUGCUCGGAAAUCGUGGUCAUCGUGAACGCUGUACGUCAACAUCUGGAACAAACGACACCUUCGCUACGUUGACUCCAGCUGAUGGACUCGGUCGAUCCUUGCUGGCAGGACCGUCGUCAGACUAUUCGUCACAUUUCGUACUCUCCGGUCUUGUAGGAGAUCCAGGCCAAGUAAAUGAAGCGUUUGCUAAAAUGAUUGACGAUGUUCGUUGUGAAGACACGGCUUGUCAUCGUGCAGCGGCAACGUCGUUGUCGUCGUCGAUGUCGUCGUCGUCCGUUUGCGAGACGAUUCAGCUUCCCGACAAUGUUAUAAUACUAGCGGACCCAUACAUGGAGUGUACAGGUAUGCUUAAAUUCAACAAGUUCCCAGAUCUGUUCACCUUUCCUGGAUCACUUCCCUUCGAUCAUGGUUCGUUAGUAGCGUCUAAUGAGGGUUGGGGUGAAGUAUUCUCACCGUCCGAAGCAAUCGUUUCGAUGUUGGAGCAAUUCUGUGAUCUUUAUCGUGUUGGAUAUGCUCCAAGGCUUUUGAUUAGCUAUUUAGAAGAUUCACUAUCCGAUGUGCUCAGCAAAAGUCUUAGUCUGGUCGAGAUUGUAUCGCGUGGCUCACCAUCAUCGCAAGGACCGCUGUCACCGGAACGCGUUCGUUCCAUAGUAGAUUGUGAUCAUUCUGAUCUACGGCUAAUUCUCAAUGUGGCUUCAGUCUAUUGGCCAUCAGUGUUGGCCUCAGUGGUGUGA